AUAAACAGCUGCUGUGGUUUACACGUGAGUUAGUCGUUAGUUUGUCAGGUGACGUUAAAAAGAUUUAUAACAUUAACUCUAGAGAGAUUUACGUGAGUAAAAAAAAAAACAACCGAGUGAAACGGAUUUAACGAAAACAACGUUAAAACAAACCGGAAGCUGUCGUUAUUCGAGCCUCACGGCUCAGAGGGCGGGAGCUGCGCGUGAGGUGCUCUGCUGCGGAUUUCCCAAACAUCGGUUUAUUCUGCAACAAAAAAGCAAACGUUGUUGUUCUCGUCUCACUGACGCUACAAGAAGUCAAAGAUGUCUCAGCCCUGCAGCCGCCGGCAGCUCGUGUCAACGGGGAAGUGAUCAGAAAGUCUCUAAUUGUCUGGCAGUGAGGGAUGCUGGGUAAUCUGCUGUGACCGGUCAAACGUCUGUCUUCAGCUGCUGCUCCAGCUUCUUGUCGUCGGAGCCGCAGGUCGUCUCCUCCCUUCGGACCAGGACCAUGUCCAGACUCAGUCUGCGGCUCGAUAACGGUCUGUUGGAUCACAGUCUGCCGCUCAGCAGCGCCUCCUACAGCGCAGGAGGAGGCAGCUGGAGGAGCAGCAGGUCCCUGAAGCCUCGUCGUUCCCAGCAUCACUCUGUCUCCUGCUCGGAGUCUCUCCUCGUCCCGUCUCCUCGUAAACCGUCCGGCCGCUCGCUCCACAGCAGCAGCGUCCACAGCGUGACCUCAGACACCUCCCUGCUGUCCUCGCUGCUGGACGAGUCGUCCAUCCAGGACGCCACGCUGGUCGACACCCUCUGGGGUUUGGACCAUGACGUUGAUCCUAAAGAAAGCACCAUCGUAGCAGAGCAGAGUACUGUCCUGGCAAACUGCACUCUGAUUGGCUCAGACAGCUUCUGUGUCAAACACACGGGGCAGACGCUCAGCAGGGUUUACUGCAAGGACUGUGAGCUGCAUCCGGACAAGAAGGAGUCCGUCACCACACGCAGUUCCUCCUCCAAAUACACCACCUCCUCCUCGGUGUCAGGGGAGAGAGAACUGGAGACCUCCAUCGUCUACGACCGAGAUCGGAGCCGCAGGAGGAGAACAGCAGGUGUUUUGGCAUCCAUGUUGGAUGCAGGUGUGAAUGUGAGCAGGAGGGCGGCGGCCUGUGUCAUCUCCCUGCUCACUCUGAUUUGCAGUUGCCUGUCGCUGCAGAGACGCCACCACAUGACAGAUGUGCUGCAGAUGUGGCUGGACCUGUCAGUGGUGUGUGUGAGGAGAGCAGCAGGCGUCUGCAGCUCUGUGCUCACACUCACCUGGCAGGUGUGUCAGCGCGUCACACACUCUGACCACAGUCGUGGAGCUCGGUCUGAUCACUGUGGAGUCAUGGAGUUGAAGGAGACGACCAACAGCCUGAAGGAGGCGCUACAUCCCAAUGGAUCUCUGUGUGACGGCUGUAAGGAGAAGCAGCUCUUGGAGACGGACGCCGUCGCCUCUUCCUCGAGGUCGUCACUGGCGGCCUCUGUGUGGGGGCUGAUGUGGAGCGCUGCUGUUUUCACAGGUAAAACAGGAGGUGCCAUCCUCCGGUGGCUCAGCAGAAGAUGGCAUCACAUGACUGCUCCUGAUCGUGCCGUCCUACUGACUCGGUCCCCGCCCAGAUUUGUCCUGUUCCUUGUUCCUCUGCUGCUCUUCCUCAUCGGCCCAUGUUGGUUUGGCCUCGCCGGCAUUCAGUCCAUCCUCGCAGCUUUAAACAUCACAGAUUGGACGAAGGUGGUCUCCGACGUCCCCGCUCUGUCCUCCAUUUACAGCUUCAUGUCCUCACAGAGCCCAUCAGCGGAGAACGCUGCAGAGGGGUCAGGGGAGGUGCAGCUGUAUGAGGAGCCGCUCUAUCCUCGACCUCCACCAGCCGAGGAGGAAGAGUCGGACCGGCUCGUCGGCCUGGAGCAGAGUCUGACGGUGCUGUGGGGGCGUGUGGAGGCCGCAGGGCAGCAGGCAGAGCAGAGACACAGGGAGGUUCUCGGGCUGUACGCCGACCUCCAGCAGCGCGUCUCUGCUCGGAGCGGCGAGGACGACCUGCAGCUAUGGCUCAGCAGCCUGAUCGACCAUGAGCUGACCGAGCUGAGGAGGCGACUGGACGAGGAGCGACAGAGGGAGCAGAUGCAGCAGCUGUCGCAGCAGCAGAGUCUAUCGUCUCGUCUGGAUCAGCUGGAGCUGCAGCUGCUGGCGGCUCAAACAGAGGAGGAUCAGUGGAGGCGAGAAGCUGCGUCCGUUCCACAGUCAACACUUCCUGCUGCCAUCAGUAUGGGUGUGGACCGUCAGUCCCAUGACGCCUUGCUGGCGGAGGUAGCGAGGUUGGAGGUGGCUCUGGAGGACGUAAGGCGGGAUGUGGACGGUCUGUCUGGGUUCAAGGACCGUUGCCGACAACUCGAUGGAGUCCAGCAGACGAUCUCAGAACAGGUUUCCGCUCAGGUGCGCGAGGAGGUUCGGGCUCUCGUUUAUGGGAAUCAGGUGACAGUGGCGGGCGGAGGAGACUCCGACACUCUCCAGUGGCUGUCGCAGCAGUAUGUCAGUAGGGCUGACCUGCAGGUGGCGCUGUCGUCUCUGGAGCGCAGCAUCCUGCAGAACAUCAAACUGCAGCUGGUGCAGCAUCGCAACGAGGAGGUCAGAGAGACCGUCCUGCAAACCACCGGGACUGCCGGGGACACCGUCACCCCGGAGGAUGUCCACGUGAUCGUGAAGAACGCUCUGCGGCUGUUUUCCCAGGACCAGACUGGCCUCGCCGACUACGCUCUGGAGUCUGGAGGGGGCAGUGUUCUGAGCACUCGCUGCUCUGAGACGUACGAGACGAAGGCGGCGCUGCUCAGUCUGUUCGGACUUCCUCUCUGGUAUUUCUCUCAGUCUCCUCGAACUGUCAUCCAGCCGGACGUCCAUCCAGGAAACUGCUGGGCGUUCAGAGGCUCCACAGGUUUCCUGGUGAUCCGUCUCUCCAUGAGGAUCCUCCCCACGGCCUUCUCCCUGGAGCACAUCCCCAAAGCCCUGGCACCCAGUGGGGCGCUGCACAGCGCUCCCCGAGACUUCAGCGUCUACGGUCUAGAUGACGAGCGUCAGGACAGAGGGAAGCUGCUGGGCGCGUACACGUAUGACGAGGAUGGAGAAGCUCUGCAGACCUACGCCGCCACUGAGGAGAACGAUCAGAUGUUCCAGAUCAUCGAGGUGAAGGUUUUGUCCAACUGGGGCCACCAGGAGUACACGUGCAUUUACCGUUUCAGAGUGCACGGGUCGCCCAGUGACGUCUGAGGACGACCUUCACACAUUCAGAGUCAAACUGAGGUUUUGAAAUGAAGCUGUGCUGCUCGGUGAUGAUUGGCUGCUGACUGUGCCUGAGCCUCCACGCACUUCAGUUUAAAGUUGAGUUUGUUGAUCAAAGUCUCGACAGUGACGGUAACCCCGCCCCCUUCAGGCGUGAUCCGAGCGCCGUGGCUUUCCUGUGGAGUAACGUCACUCUGACGACUUUGAGUUUGACUUUUCUGUCCAUAGUUAUUUUUAUAUCUGCGUUGUUUUGUAUUUGUUGUUUAUAGGUUUUUAUCUUUGACUUUGUCACACAGUUUUAUAGGAUCAGCUCAUAUUUUGUAUCAACACAUCCAUGAACAUGUUUUAAUUGUUCCUCCUGUUGACGCUUUAAUAAAGAAUGAUUUGACCA